CUUAAGUAAAAAACUUCCGUUGUUGUCUUGUGUUCACCAACGUAAUUCACAAAAACGAAAAGCCAUUUCCUUCCCUCGACGCUUCCUGAAAAUAAUAAUAUCCCAUUUCCUUUCCUCUUCGUAUCACAUACACAAAACAUCUUCUAAACCUCUCUAUUCCUUUCUUGCUCUCCCUAACUUUCCAAAAUUUCUAUUUCCCAGGAAAACUCUACCUGUUUGGCUUCGUGUUUUUGCUAUUCUAGGGUUUGACACUGAACCAGAAUCGAUGGAUUGGGGCAACGUCACAGCGGAGGAUCUGAUCGACGCUCUCCGCGAGGUUGACUGGUCAUCGCCGCCGCGUCCUCUCUCCGAAUUCUUCUCCCGAUUCACCGUCCCCAGAUCUUACGCCAAAUGGAGUAGCCGCCUCAAAUGCAAUCUCUACUACUACCGAACCAACUACUUCAUUUUGAUCACUGUCAUUCUCGGAUUGGGUUUUAUCCGGAGGCCACUUGCUCUUGUAGCUGCUUUUCUGACAGCACUUAGCAUUGCUUUCUUGAAUGAUAGCUUUGCAGGAACUUUUAGCGAGAAGGCAACAAGAACCGUGAGACAAUUCUCUCCACAUUUAGCAGCAAAGAUGAGGCCUCCUCUUACGCCUGUUAUUCGUGGACGUCCAUCAGCUAAAAGAGCAAUUUUUAUUUGUGGCCGGCCUCGUUGGGUGUUUGUUUUUAUAUUCGCUACUGUGAGUCUCGUCCUCUGGUUUGUUUCUUGUGGUCUCUUAACUGUUCUGUGGGCUCUGGCCAUUGGGCUUCUCGUUACUAUCCUGCAUGCAAGUUUUAGAACACCUAAUCUGAAAGCACGUUUGAACACAUUCCGUGAAGAAUUUCGUGCGGUGUGGCGCAAUUAUAGCGAGCUGUAGCCUACAUGAACUUAGCUGGAUAGAUUGUUCAAUUCUGCAGCUCAUACAGGUUAUUGUCAAAUUGGGCUUAGCUGCUGCUGCUUUUGGUAUAAAAUAAUCUCUUUUGGCUGGACUGGAAUUCGUAGGUGAAAGAUGCUAUUCUAUGCAUGUCACCAAGAAGUUGUAAAUGGUCAGGAACUAUUCUUGUUUGUAAAGCAAACUGUUUCCAUUUGUUAUCCAUAUGUAGAAGAAACCUUGGAGCAUUUACAUUCAGUAAAGCAUAAACAUUGCCAGAAUACUGGGGCACACUUUAAAUGCCCUCUAGUUGUUGGAGAAUUCUAUGUUGUUUAAUAGAAGUUUUCCAAUUGCCUAUAUGGGAUGUGAUAUUUUUUGGUUUCA